AUGGAGACGGCAGCAAAGGCGUUCGAGCAGCACGUGGAGCUGGACGAGGGCGUACUGGCCACCUCAGCGCCACUCGAGACCAUUCAGUUAGGCCGCGUCAUUCUGCAUGUGAGCGAAGGGCUUGUCAAGUCUCCGGAACUGAGUCAGAAAACGCGCAAUGUGCAGACGCAGCUGGUGGAUAACAAAGCCAUUGGUGCUGCAUCUGCUAUCGGGGAACUGCUGUCUCUGCUCAAGGACAACAAAGAGGCGCUUGAGUACUUUAAAGGCAGCAUCGUACGAGUCUUGACUGGCCAGACGCUGCCAUCGCAUCCUCCAGUCUUUGGUGGCACAACACCCGAGUCUGUCAGUGACGUGGUAGAGGUGCAGGUGACGGCGAUGGCGGGUGAGACAGUGGCGACACCUGUGGCAUCUGCUGAUAAAGAAGUGUUGGGUGGAGAAAAAGCGGCGCCAAUUGUUGGCAAUGAGACAGGUAGUGCUCGCAAGCACUCUCUUGAGAAGGAAACGACGACGACUGAAUCGGAAGCAAAUUGCAAGCGGCUCAAGACAGGCAACACCGAGUCGGCUACGAACAACGAUGCAGCCCUUCCGCUAAGGACAGCGUUGGCGGAAGAGACGAAAUAUGACUCUGAGGAGGCCAAGGCGCGUGCUACUAACCCGGUGCACACGAUCCCGACUCAAUGGGAGCACCUGUAUUACAAGCAGGUGGAGGUGAUCAAUGUGAGCAACCGCCUGGCGAAAGAAAAGGUCCAGGCGAAGCGCUUUGCGGGUGAGCCGUUCUUGCUAGAGGGACACGCCGGCUGGCUAAAGCUUGCGCACGGGUGGGUGAAGCCGGACGGUACGCUGGACACUACAGCAUUUUUGCAUGGCAUUCACGACGUGAAAGUGCCGGUGCUGGAGCGCAACUACGAGGAGCGACGACCCAUCAAGACGCAUUUGCCGCUGAGCUACUACGUCAAGAACUAUUGGGAGCACGGCAAGUCAGAUUACUACUUGCAUCAGUGGCAAUUUCCUCUGGACCCGAAAGCCAGCUCACUGCUUCGCGACAAGAGCGAAGAGUUGCCUGUGCUCGGGGACAAUCUGCUGCAGUAUUGGCUGGACGCCGUGCGUGGUGAUAACCCGCUGCAAUACCUGUUCAUGGGCCAGAAAAGCACAAUGAGCCGUAUGCACUCGGAUCCGGGUGGUUUGGGUAUCACCAUUGCUCCGAUCAUUGGUACGAAACGUGUUACGAUGCUGCACCGCGAUGCAGCCAAGUUAGACUCUGUGCAUGAAUCCGUGAACUUUCACGACAUCGACUUAGAUAAGUCUCCUCAACUGGCCUUCCUGCCAGCAUGGCGGGUCAGCGUGAAGCCAGGGCAGAUUUUGUACAUGCCGGAGAGCACGUUGCACUCGUGUGAGAACGUCACAGCGUGCUUGUCGUACCACCGUUUCCACCUCGACACGGUGAACCUCACUGGUUUUCUACGGUCAUUUCUGGCGCAGGAUUCACCGUCAAUCAAUCACGCCGAGAUACUCUGGAACGCUGCGCACGAUGUCAUGUCUGCGAUCGAGAACGCAUAUCAAGCCAACGACGAGGUCCUCGACAAUACGGUCGUCACGCUGCGGAAGCUGGAUACGCUGCGUGGCUUGCGCCAUGCUUGUCGUAUGCUGUCCUUGGAGCAAGUGUUGCCAACGGAAGACUCGUGGGACUGGAAAAAGCUUCUGGACGACAUUGACCUCAUGCUGAUGCGCGUUGACCCCAGCGCCAAGUUGAAAUUGACGACGACCUUGGCACAGGGUUCUUCUGUAUCCGGGAAAGCUGUAGAUGGUCUGAAUGGCGAGGAAGCAGCCAGAGCAAAACAAGUUGUUGAAGCGGCAGCAAACAAGAAGAAGCUGUUCCAGAGCAAGGUGGCAACAACAGCCGCAAACGCUCACUGGGACUCGCUGAAUCUGAAGGUGGGAGACACGAUUGGCGUGCAGGUUUUCGAGAAGCGCAACCGUGCGGAAGUGUUGAAGGUGGUCCACGACAAGGUGCUAGUGCAGAUCCACUAUUCUGACUGGGAGUCCAUCUACGACGAGUACCUGCCAGUAUCGUGUCUCUUUCAGCGCAAGAAGGGAAAGAAGGUGGCAUUGAAGAAGACACCUGAAGUGGACGAGACAGUGAUGGCACGCUGGGGCAGCAAGGGUGAUCUGUACAACGCCAAGGUGCUAAAGGUGGUUCGCACGAACGCUUGCUACGUGCACUACCUCAAGUACGAGAAGGACUGGGACCAGUGGAUCCUGCCCGGCCACAUCUUCCGCAAGUAUCCUGACCCCUGA